GGACAAAUGAAAGGACAAGAACAACAAUGUCAGACUAUACACUUUAAAAUAAAUUUCUCUUCAUCUUCUGAUCCUAGAUCUCAUCUGACACUACUCUAAAGAUCCUUUGCCAUAAAAGCUCCAAAUCCUUCUCUUAUCCAUUUGCUUCCUUUGGUCACUGAGAUCUUAGACCAACUCUGCCAUAUUGAAUAAAUUUGUUUCUGAAAUAUGGCACAUCUCUGAGGUCCAAAAAGCAUUCAACUCAAAAUCAAGGUACACAGAACCAGCACGCCCCCUUAUUCUAUGAACUUGCAUGAAAACUAUUUGGUUUCACCUUCCAAGGGUAUAUAAAUUCAGGAACUGAGAGCUUGAUCUUAUAUCAAUUAUUGGAUCAUUUGUGCUAUUGUUGUGAAACAUAAGCUUCUAUAAAAUCAAGGGGUUGUCACAAGAUGGUUAGAUCCUGCUGGAAACCUUAUGUUGAUGGUGAUGAUGAUGAUGGGAGUGGCCGAGUUGAUGGACUUCUAUGGUAUAAGGAUUUGGGGAACCAUCUUUAUGGGGAAUUCUCAAUGGCUGUGGUUCAGGCCAAUAGGUCAUUGGAGGAUCGAAGCCAACUUGAGUCUGGACCCUUAAGUUCUAACCAUUUGGGUCCACAAGGGACCUUUAUAGGUGUAUAUGAUGGUCAUGGUGGAACUGAGGCCUCACAAUUUGUCAGUGACAAUCUUUUCUGCAAUCUCAAAAGGCUUGCAGCUGAACAUCAAGGCAUGUCAGAAUAUGUUAUCAAAAGGGCAUUUUCAGCAACAGAGGCAGGUUUUCUAUCUCUUGUGAAGAAACAGUGGCUAAGUAAGCCAUAUAUUGCAUCCACGGGUACUUGUUGUUUGGUGGGGAUAAUUUGCGAUGGCAUGUUAUAUGUUGCAAAUUCUGGAGACUCCCGGGUGGUGCUAGGAAGAGUAGAGAGGGCAACAAGGGAAACAUCAGCUAUACAAUUAUCUUCAGAACACAAUGUUAACCAAGAAACAGCCAGAGAUGAAAUUCGGUCUAAGCACCCUUAUGAUUCACAAAUUGUGGUUAUGAGACACAACGUUUGGCGUGUGAAAGGCCUCAUACAGGUUUCACGAUCCAUAGGUGAUGCAUAUCUGAAGAAAGCAGAAUUUAACAGGGAGCCUCUACCAUCAAAGUUUAGACUAGCUGAAACAUUCUUCAAGCCAAUUCUUAGUUGUGAGCCAACAAUAUCAUUGCACAAACUCCAUCCUGACGAUCAAUUUCUCAUAUUUGCUUCUGAUGGUUUAUGGGAACAUAUUAGCAACCAAGAGGCUGCUAACAUAGUCACCAAUAACCCACCUAACGGAAUUGCUAGGAGACUUGUGAAAACUGCACUUCGAGAAGCAGCUAAGAAGAGAGAAAUGAGACUUGCAGACCUCCAAAAGAUUGAACAAGGGGUGAGGAGAGACUUCCAUGAUGAUAUAACAGUGAUUGUUGUAUUUCUAGAUCACAAUCUCACUCAUAACAGUUCUCUCUGGGGUUCUCCUGUUUCAAUCAAGGGAGGUGGGCAUGCCACUUCCUAGGUUGCUGAUCAUACAAAAAUAAUUGUAGAUAUUAAAAUGAUGCAAUUAUCACUAUAACCAAGCAAAUUUUAGAUGUACCAUGAUCAUGCAACAAUCUUAUACUCAAUUUUAGCUCUUGAUCCCAAUUGCAUCUAACAACAAUUAAGCUAUUAGAUACAAUUGGGAUCAUAAGCUAAUAACUUGCAGAAGACUCACACCUAUGUAAGUUGCUGCUUCCUAUAUAAAUGUAUUAAUAGUAGUAAUUGCUCAUGUAUCUAAAGACAACAAAUCUAUGGCCUCAGGUGGUAGUUCAAAGUCAGCAAGGUUGCAUAAGCGCGUAAUAGCUAAGUUCUUUAUAUUAAUUUAUGUACGGCUAUUUUGUAAU